AUGACGGCGUCAGACCUGAAGAAACUCAAGGUUGAUCAAUCCCGAUUGAUGGACACUCUUCACGACACCUGCAAAUGGGGCACCGGACUCAGAUGGGGAGACAAUCCGACCGACACCGGAAUGUCACGGCUGGCACUUUCGGACUCAGACAAGACAGUGCGCGAUUGGUUUGUCGAGACCACAAAGUCUCUUGGAUGCAAAGUGACCAUGGAUUCAAUCGGAAACAUCUUUGCAAUUCGACCUGGCCGCAAAGAUGGCCCUCCCACUGUGGCCGGCAGCCAUUUGGACACUCAACCCACUGGCGGGCGAUACGAUGGCAUCCUCGGCAUCCAAGCAGGAAUCGAGAUGCUCAAGCUUCUUCAAGACCACGACGUCGAGACAGAAUAUCCUGUCGGUGUGGUCAACUGGACAAAUGAGGAGGGCGCACGAUUCCCAAUCAGCAUGAUGGCCUCUGGUGUCUGGGCUGAAGCGAUCUCACAAGAGCGCGCACACAAUUUGAAGGAGGUAUCCGGUAAUGCAACCGUCAAAUCUGAACUGCAGAGAAUUGGGUACCUCGGCGACACACCUGCAAGCUACAAGGCCAUGCCAAUCGGGGCGCAUUUCGAACUUCACAUCGAGCAGGGACCGAUCCUCGAGAGGGCUGGAAAGAAGGUCGGUGUCGUGCAAGGUGUUCAGGCAUACAAGUGGUUCACUAUCGACAUCACUGGACGAGAUGCCCACACUGGCUCAACACCAUUCUCCAACCGAGCCGACGCCCUGUUACUCGCUGCAAGAUUGAUCACUCACUCCCACCGACUGGCAACAAAGCACAAUGCCCUCGCAUCAACUGGCAUUCUAAACCUCACUCCUGGAAGCACCAACACCAUCCCGGGUCACGUCAGCUUCACCCUUGACAUCCGCUCUCCAUCCGACGAGACAGUCGAAAAGCUCGAAGAGGAGCUGCGCCGCGACUUUGAUCUGCUGGCCCAGGGAACAGACGUAGACGGAAUACUAGCCGGAUCAACUCCUGCUCUACCACUAUCUCUCAAAUGGCGAACCGACACAAUCUCAACUGCCACAAAGUUCCACCCAGAUUGCAUCCAAGCAGUCAGAGACUCCGCCGAGUCUAUCCUCGGAAAAGACGCUGCCGUCGACAUCUCUAGCGGUGCUGGCCACGACAGUGUCUACACAAACAAGCAUUGUCCCACCACCAUGAUCUUCAUCCCGUGCAAAGGGGGCGUCAGUCAUAACCCGGAAGAGUACUCGUCUCCUGAAGAGUGCGCCAUUGGAGCAGAGGUUCUGUGUCAGGCAGUUGUUAGAUAUGAUCAGAAGAGGGUGUAA